UAUGAAAUCGCCUUGCAAAUGAUUAUACAUCGAUAGCGCCCCAUAAAGUUUGCUAUAAAAAUAUAAAUAAUAAUCAAAACAAUGGAAAACAUUGUUCAAGACCCCUCAAUUUUGGGCAUAGAUUGUUGGCUUAUAAUUUGCGACUUACUCUCAGAUCAAGAUAUUAUAAAUCUGUCUAAGAUUUUGUGCUACCAUCAAAAUAUAAAAAAUGGAAAAUUUCGUUUGCAAAAAAAUGCGAAUAUUUAAGUUUAGACGACUUUAGUUUUUUUCUUUAUUCUAUUCGUUUGACUGUUGAAUACAUUAGUGUAAUAUUUAUGCCAGAAGAAUAUUUUGAGCGGUUGAAAUCUUAUUGCUUCCCAAAUGUCAGUGAAAUGCGAAUUACUUUAGAACGUCCUAUGAGUGAUGUAGAUAUCGUAUCCUUGAGCAAUGUGUUCCCUAAUCUACGUUCUUUUUCACCACAUGGAAUUUGCAAGAACUCCUUGGAACAUUUCAGUUAUUUGGAAAACUUGUCUUUGACAUGCUGUCGAAGCUUGAGCAUAAAUGAUUUUCGGCAUCUAAUUACAAAGCUCAACUUGAAAUCUCUGACUUUAGACCUUUUUAAAAAAGUUAGCCCAUUGGGCUACGAAGAAUUAUUAAGAUUAAGUAAAAUUGAACACAUAACUCUUAACAUCAAAGAAUUAAGCUGGGUCAGCUCUUACGAUGUUAAGAGACCAGUCCUCUUCGAAAACCUAAAAACUCUAACAAUAACCGGCGCUAUUUUCGAAUCAGUGGAGAUGGACAAUUUAUUUACGAAUAUUCAAUUUAUUGUGCCACGGGAUGUACAUGAUCUUGAAAUCGCCAAUGUAGACGAUGCUUUUCUUAAUAAAUACAUGAUGUCAAAUAGUUAUGAAUUCCUUAAGAAAGUGAGAGUAAUAACACUAAUUAACGUAAGGAUCUUAGAUGAUAUUUUCUGCAUGGGCAGUCUAUACGAAAAUCUGAGAAAGGCUUAUUUUUUCUGUUCUCACACGACAAACCCAGAUAAGGUUUGUUCAAUAAUAUCGAAUUCCAAGCAACUGGAUAUACUAAGCUUUGAAGAGUGCAAAUCGCCUAAAAUCAUAAUAAAUGAAGCAGUCAUUAAAGAAUCAUGCAAAGGGCGUAAGAAACCGAUGACACUCAAUUGGUACCCACAGACAAAGAAUCUAGAUAUACUUUGUAGUGAAGGAUAUGAAAAUUAUAUAAAAAUAACGAGUAAACGAUAUGUUGCAAGUAACUUUGACACGAUGACAAUUAAAUUUAAGUAGCAUCAACAUCGAAUGUUUCAUCAAGUUUGAAUAAUAUUCUUGUCAUAUGCUCACUAAUAUAGUUUUUUUAUUUUAGAACGAUGGUUAAAUAUGUUAAAAAA